AGCCACGGAUUUUGGUCGAGCUCGGAUUAAGCUUGGUGACAGGGGAGAGAGAAAGAGAGAGAAAGAGAUGGGAAGGAGAAUACUGAACGAUGCUUUGAGGGCCAUAGUGAACGCAGAGAGGAGAAACAAGGCAACGGUAGAGCUUCAACCUAUCUCCACUGUCAUGUCUUCCUUCCUUGGAAUCAUGAAGAAACGAGGGUACAUAAAGAAUUUUCAGGUUCAUGAUCCACAAAGAGUUGGGAAGAUAACUGUUGAACUGCAAGGCAGGGUAAAUGAUUGUCGUGCCCUCACUUAUAGACAAGACCUCAAGGCAAGGGAUAUCGAACAGUACAGGAUACGCACACUUCCAACACACCAGUGGGGUUAUGUUGUAAUUACAACACCAGAUGGUAUUCUGGAUCAUGAAGAAGCCAUGAGUCGCAAUGUGGGUGGUCAAGUUCUUGGCUAUUUUCAUUAAACUGUAUCGUUCUGUAUCUCUUAGUCCUGCCUUGGCCAGUAAGGAUUGGUUUUUCGCCCCAUAUUUUUUCAAAAUUUUUAUCAGCUCAGCUAAAGGAUUUUUAGAACAUUGUCUUAUGUGUUAUUUUCAUAUGGCAAUAGUCAGAACUGUGAUAUAAAUUACUCUUAUGGUGAAAUUUGGAUUGCACACGUUGAAUU